AUUCAGUAAGUGAUCUCUUAGAGUUAGAUUAGGGCGUAAUGAAACAACUACUAUUACUGUGCUUAUUCUUCACUUUUUUGGUGCAGAGUAACGCCACACGCUGCUUCGAAUGUCAGAACAUUCCGUACCCACGUGCGUGUUCAAAGCUGGCUAUAUGCAGUUCUGAUGAGAAUUGUUUCACAGAACAGAUUGUAACAACAAGUGGAAGUAUUGUAUACAAUAUUGGCUGCACUCAUAAACAGCGAUGUUCUAUCAUUGGAGACCGGCUUGUUGGAAAGAGAACGAGUAAUAUUACAAGAAGAAGCAGUACUGAUAUUUCAACAUGUAUUGAAUGUUGCCAUGGUGAUUUCUGUAACAAUCAGGGCUGUGGAACCAAAGCUGUACCUGUUGAACAACGUGGGCCGUACUGUUACAAAUGCGACUCUCUUCUUGAUCCAAAGGCUUGCAGUAAUGUAGCCGUUUGCUUACAAAAUGAAUUAUGUUUGCUGUACUCUCCAGUUGAAUUUGCUGGUCUACCAGAAACUAUUUAUAAAGGUACAUGCGGAAAACAGUCGGAUUGCAAUGUGUUGUCACACACAGCCAGCAGUAGCAGAUGUUCUCCCACUUGUUGUAACACUGACUUUUGUAACGACCAGUGUGGUGUUUUCGUUCAUAACUACAAACCACCACUCCCAACACCAACAAGACAUACUCACUCGCACGUUACAGAUGUUACUACAAGUACUAGCAGUGCACCUACUAAAAUAUGUGACACAAAUGAUGGAUACAUACAUCUUAAAAACUCAGAGGCAGACUUGUGCGUUCGUAUCGGGACACAUAAUGUUCAAUGGGAUGAUGCUCAAACAAAAUGCCAAAAGGAUGGCGGUGAUCUCGUUGUCUUGGAUACGGUCUCAAAAGCCCUGUUGUUGAGGAGGACACUUGCAGGUGACCCUCAUUACGCUGAAACUGCAUAUUGGAUUGGUGCCAAGGAUUUCUCAAAUAAAAACCAGUAUUCGUGGAUAAAUCACACCCCUGUGAAUGCCUUCAUGACCGAUUGGGAUUUAGGUGAACCAAAUAACUACAAACCGGCGCAUGAACAGAGAUGUGUCUGCAUGUUCAGAAAUACUCAUAAUGCUGAUCGAAAUUUUCAAUGGCAUGACAAACAUUGCGGGUAUAGGUGCGGUUUUAUAUGUGAAAGAUAGUAAUACAACUGUAGAUCAUAAUAUACCUGUUUAUUGUGCUUUUUUUCAAUAUUAUACAAUUAUUGCCUUUUGGUGAGGUCGAUAUAGAUUUAUCGACCAUCGGCCGAUUGGAUACAAUAAAGAAAAUAAGGACAU